AUGGAGACGCGGGGCAUCAUCCAGUCGCGCACAGACUCCAAUGGAGGCGCACGGCCACGACCACGCUGCCUGGCCACCUUCGUGACUUUAUUUGGAGACUGGGCUGGGGACUACUUCCAACUCGGGACAGGCUUGAGCGUUGGGGAGUGUCACGACCACGACACCGGCACCCUCGAAGGAGCCCACGCCGGCCUCAACGCCUGGCACUCCGAGAUGCGGCAGCCCUCCGAGUAUGACUUCAACACCGAACUUGACAGAAGCAGCUUCACGGAAAUCCUGGAAGACGCCAUACAGGUAGUGUACGAGGCGGUAAAGCUCCCAGCAGCUUCCGCUAACGGGAAACCGCACCGUCCCCUGAAUCCUGAGAAUGCUCAGCAGAUUCAGAGACUGUACCGACGGAACCGUCGACGUGCAGUGAGGCUGAUCGUGGAGGGCGAGACACGUUUGUGCCCGAUCCCCCUUGACGAACUAGAUGAGCACUUCAGUGAGACUUGGGGGCCACGCGAAGCCGACACUACGCUCCUUCUGAGCAAGGUGAAGCGGAGCGACAUAGCCGAAGUCAGCCUCGCGCGAUUCACGGAUGGUGAGGUAGUUUCUCGCCUCCGCAAGUGUGAGAACACUGCCCCCGGAAGUGACCGCCUCACCUACCAACAUUGGCGCUCAACUGAUCCAGAUGCCGUCUUUCUCACUGCAGUGUUCAACGUCUGCCUGCGGUACCGGAGGACGCCUGCUGCCUGGAAGGAGUCGCGGACCGUGCUGAUCUACAAGAAGGGGGACCCCAGGGACGCCGCAAGCUGGCGGCCCAUUGCCCUUGGGAGCACGAUAUCAAAACUGUACGCGGGGUGCUUGGCAUCUCGUUUGCAGGAGUGGAUCGUCUCUCAAGAAGUGCUCUCCCGUUGCCAAAAGGGGUUCCUGCCGUGCGAUGGUGUGUACGAACACAACUUCGUACUGCAGGAGUGCCUGCACGCGGCAAGGGUCGGCGGUGGGCAGUUGUGUGCGGAGUUCCUGGAUUUCGCCAACGCGUUUGGCUCGGUCCCCCACAACGCCCUCAUCGACGCCCUGCACGGAGCGGGCGCGGGAGCUGACUUCUGUUCUAUUGUUGCCGAUCUUUACAGGGACAACAAGACCAGCAUCAUCGCGGAGGCAGGGAGCACGUCACCGAUCGAGAUCUCCGCCGGCAUACGACAGGGUUGCCCACUGAGCGGCCUCCUGUUCAACCUGGUGCUCGACCCAGUCGUGCGUGCGCUACAGGGAGGCGACAAGCAACACAACGUGCUCGCUUACGCCGAUGAUCUGACGCCGCUGGCUGACGACCCAGUUUCGCUGCAGGGCCGCAUUAACGUAGCGGCAACCCUCUCGAGCCGGCUCGGGCUGCGUCUCAACCCCGCGAAGUGCAAGUCACUGCACCUCUCCGGGAAGACACCCGUGGGGACAAGACCUACGACCUUCACGGUCUAUGGCACCCCAAUAUCCUCGAUCGGUGACUUCGAGGCGCACGCCUUCCUCGGACGGCCAGUGGGAUUCUCGGUGCUACCGGACCGGGCGACCGUGGACGAGGCCAUCAGCGUGGGUCGCCGCCUGCUCACCUCGAUGCUCGCCCCAUGGCAGAGAUUGGACGCCGUUAAAACUUUCGUAUUUCCGGCGCUCAACUUUUCCAUGAGGUGUGGCUCCCUUGGUAAAGCAGAGUGGUCUCGCCUGGACACAACACUUCGCCCGCUGAUCAAAAAGACGCUCUACCUGCCCGCGAACGCUACCAACGACUACCUUUACGGUAGCUCCGCGGCUGGCGCGAUCGGCAUCCCGGUAGCAGCGGAAAUCAGCGACGUCUGCAGAAUUGAUAAUGCUUUCAAAUUGCUUUCUUCUGCAGACAAGGAAGUCCGGGACCUGGCGUUGCGGGCGCUCACGGACGUGACCAGCAAGCGACUGCGGCGGCCUGCAGAUCCCUGGGACGUGGCGGCCUACCUGAGCGGCGAGACGGAGGGAGAGUUCCGGGCCACGGCAACACAACUCCAGUCCGUGUGGACGGAGGCCCGCAAGGCUUCUCGGCGACUCGGUGUUGCCUGGGAGCUGGAAGAAGGCCCGCGUAUCUCGAGGGGUGACGUGACAGUUGGUCCGAGGAAGCGCACCAAGGUGGUGAGGACACUCCGGAUGGCACUGACGCACGCACGAAUUCACGAUCUCCACCAAAAACCCAACCAGGGGAAAGUGAUGGAGUGCAUCGCCGCUGACCGGAGCAGUUCCCACUUUGUGCGUACCGGCCAAUUCACAAGGUUUACCGACUGGCGUUUCGUUCACCGGGCUCGACUUAACGUCGUUCCCCUGAACACAGCGAGGCCAUGGGCAACGGACGUGGACCAACGGUGUAGGGUGUGCGGCUCUCAUCCCGAGACGCUGCCACACGUCCUGUGUAACUGCAUGACUCACAGUCAAGCAUACACCAGCCGCCACAACCAGAUCGUUAACCGAGUGAAAGCCGCAGCCUCCACCAGGUUCACUGUCACCCACGAGAACCGGCCAGUGGGCACGACUAACCUCCGUCCCGAUCUUGUUCUUUGCAGAGGCGAGGAGGCGAUCAUCGUGGACGUGACCUGCCCCUUUGACAACCGGCCUGCAGCCCUGAUCGAGGCCCGCCAGAAAAAGGAGGAAAAGUACAAGCCAGUCCGGGAGUACCUGCAGCGGAAGUACCAGAAGGUGUCCGUGGAGGCGAUCGUCGUCGGAGCCCUCGUAUCCUGGGAUCCCCGGAACGACCGCGUCAUGCGGUGCCUUUGCAGCAAGAAGUACCUGCGGCUGUUCAAGAAGUUGGCUGUCAGAGAGACCAUCGCAGCAUCCCGCAACGUCUACGCUGACCACAUCGCCGCCAAAGUUUUCCGACGAGUCAUCUGCGUGUGCCCGGGGUCUCGCCCUCAAGACGAGGACCCCCAGGGGACCCUCAAGAUCAUCCCAGACCAGCUGUGCACACUCCUGGCGCCCCCUAGCUGA